AUGGCCGCUGUUCAUGUCCUUUUCCCUCUCUACCUCUUCCUCUCCCUUUCCCUCUCUUCCUCAUUGGAAACCCAAUCCCUCCUUAAACUGAAACAAUCCUUCACCAACGCCGACCAAUCCCUCUCCUCAUGGAUCCCCAACGUGUCCCCUUGCUCUGGCCCCUGGCUUGGUGUCGUUUGCUUCAACAACAUCAUCACGGGCCUUCACCUCUCCAAUUUGGGCUUAUCGGGCCGAAUCGACGUGGAUGCUCUAUCUGAGAUUCGCGGCCUUCGAACCCUUAGCUUCGUCAACAACUCAUUUUCAGGCCCAAUCCCAGAGUUCCACAAACUGGGGACCAUCAAAUCCCUCCUCCUGACCCAAAAUGAUUUCUCCGGGCCCAUUCCUUCUAACUUAUUUUCCUCCUUAAAUUCUCUCAAGAAAUUGUGGCUCUCUGACAACAAUUUCUCAUCCAACAUCCCCGAUUCCUUAACCCAACUCGAACUCUUAAAAGAAUUGCACCUUGAAAACAACCAAUUCUCAGGCCCAAUCCCGCAGUUCAAGCAAGACCUGUCAUCAUUCGACGUCUCCAACAACCACCUCGUAGGCCCAAUUCCCGACAGCUUAAGGAAGUUUAGUGCCACGUCAUUUACCAGAAACGAUGGGCUCUGCGGGAAGCCUCUGGACCAGAGUUGUGACGAUUCAUCUUCUUUUUAUUCAUUGCCGAAUAAUGAUAAGAAUGACAGUGGAUAUGGGUCGAGUUGGGCUAUUAAGGUGAUAGUUAUAUUGGUGUUGGCGGUUGUUGCGGCGGUUAUUUUUCUAUUCACCAAGUCGAGGAAGGCAAAGGAAGAUGAUUUCAGUGUGGUGAGUAGGAACAGCGAAGUGGAAGAGGUGGUGCAUGUGAACGUGAGUAGUGUGAAGCCAAGUGCACCUGUGAGGAAGGAAUCGAGGAGAGGGGUUUCAAAGAGUGGGGGUAUUGGAGAUAUUGUGAUGGUCAAUGAGGAGAGAGGAGUAUUUGGGUUGCAAGAUUUGAUGAAAGCUGCUGCCGAAGUUUUGGGGAAUGGAGGGUUGGGAUCGGCUUAUAAGGCUUCAAUGGCCAAUGGGUUGUGUGUUGUUGUGAAAAGGAUGAGAGAGAUGAAUAAGAUGGGGAAAGAUGUUUUUGACGCAGAGAUGAGACAGUUUGGGAGGAUUAGACACCAAAAUGUUUUGUCACCUUUGGCUUAUCAUUACCGUAGAGAGGAGAAGCUUUUCAUCACUGAGUACAUGCCUAAAGGAAGCUUGUUAUAUGUCUUGCAUGGUGAUAGAGGACAAUGCCAUUCUGAAUUGAAUUGGUCUACACGUUUGAAGAUUGCUAAGGGAAUUGCAAGAGGGUUGGGCUUCCUUUGCACUGAAUUUUCUACCUAUGACUUGCCCCAUGGGAAUCUCAAGUCCAGCAAUGUUCUACUAACUAAUGAUUAUGACCCUCUCUUAAGUGACUAUGCUUUUCAUCCAAUAAUAAACCCAAGUGUUGCUGUGCAAGCAUUGUUUGCCUAUAAAACCCCAGAUUACAUACAAUGCCAGAAAGUGUCAAAGAAAACUGAUGUUUAUUGCCUUGGAAUCAUCAUUCUUGAAAUUGUCACUGGGAAGUUCCCUUCUCAGUAUCAUAGCAACGGCAAGGGUGGGACUGAUGUUGUGCAAUGGGUCCUCACAGCAAUAUCUGAGAAACGAGAAGCAGAAUUGAUUGAUCCAGAGUUACAAAACAAUACAAACUCACGCAAUCAAAUGUUGCAACUUCUCCAAAUAGGUGCUGCUUGCACAGAAAGCAACCCUGACCAAAGACUACCCAUGAAAGAAGCUAUUAGACGGAUAGAGGAAGUACAAGUUUAA